AUGCGCUCUUUUUACCACGACCAAAUGACGCGACACCUUGCUACCGAUGGUGCACCUUCUAUGUCUGGUACAAAACAAGGGCUUAUUGGACUAUUAAAAGCUGACACAUCAUAUUCUGAUUUCCUACCUGUACAUUGUAUUAUUUACAGAGAACAUUUAGCAGCAAAAUAUUUUCAAUAUCCGCAUAUUAUGCAGAUAGUUCUAAAAAUUGUAAACUUUAUUCGCUCAAGUGCCAAAACACACCGACAGUUCAAAUCUUUUAUAGAAGAUAUGAACAACUAUGAGUUAUCUAAUGAUGUAUCUUGGUACUGCUUAGUGAGAUGGCUAUCAAUAAGCAAUGUUCUUGGCAGUUUUUUUGAGUUACUUGAUCCAAUCAAACAGUUUAUGGAAGAAAAAGGAAAAUCUUUUCCUGAACUUAGUGAACCCCAGUGGUUAUUAGAUUUGGCUUUUUUUAUAGAUGUGAUUCAGUAUUUACAAACUCUAAAUAAAUCUUUAAAAGGAAAGAAAAAACUUAUUUCUGAUUUGGCCCAGACUGUAUUUAGCUUUCAUAACAAGUUAAAGCUUUUUACAAAAGACCUUCAGACAAAAACAUUUGCUCACUUCAAAUGUUUGAAGAAAAUUAGUGAAAGCUUUCCCGACAUUCCGAUGAAAACUGAAGAAUAUAUGAAUAAGAUGUCAGGUCUUGCUGAAGAAAUCAAUCACAGAUUUAAUGAUUUAAGAUCACUUAAACCUUCAUUUUCAUUCCUGGAAAAUCCUUUUGCUGUUGAUGUUGUGAGCGAUGGCUGUCCUAUUUCCUAUUUCAUCACCAAUAACAAAGGAUACAGCAGCUGUAGAGUUGGAGUUACUAGAACUGCAAGAAGACGAAGGUGUUGCGGACAUACAUAA